ACAAUCAACUGACAACUGAACUAUCACAAAUACAAAUUUCAUAAUCUAUCAAAAUGCCUCCAAGGAAGAGAUCCAAGGCACAAGUAAUAAAAGAAGAAACAGCUACAGAAGGUGAUGUGGACGAUGAUUUUCUCGAAAGGUUUGCAGAAGAAACCGGAUGGAAAUCCGUUCUCCUAUAUCAAUACCUAAGUGGUUACAUUGUGAUGGUUGCUGUAUCAGCCCUAACAGCAACUGCAAUGUCCUGGUUAGAAAUGAUGCACGUUAUCAUCACCCCUGAAGUAUCAAAAGCUGAACAAGCAAAAACCUAUUACUUUGACUCAAUUAUAUAUCUCAUGGAUUUUGUGUACGCUGUGGAUAUAAUAUUCCGAAUCCUAUAUUACAUAACCCCUUGGCCCAAUAUGAAGCUGUUCAAUGAACCGGUACCCAUUGAAUACAUUAUCAUCGACGUCAUAUCCGUUAUCCCUUAUGAUCUUAUGUACAAAGCCGUGCGGAAUACGCCAUUAAUAAUAGCGACUCUACGCUUGCGCGUUAUGCUCCGCUUGUACCGCAUUGCAACCUCACUGAGUCAACUGAACAAGAUGUUCCAUGAAGUAUCUAUUUUAGCAACCAUUUUAUGGAGUACAUCAUUGAUGCUUCUAUUUAUUAUUAUUCCAUCGUCGAUUCAUUACAUCAUCUACUGCACGUAUGUAAAAUGCAGCAAUCGGAAUUACGGAGCAUUUAUUAAAGCAUUUUCAACGGCAUCGAGAUAUUUGAUGACAAAUGGCGCUGAUUUUAAAGCGUUUGAAAUGACACAUAUUUACCACAUGUACAGCGUGGCUGCGAUUAUUUAUUUCGUGGCCACGAUGUUUAUUGUUGCUGAUUUGGCUUGCAAAAACAUAAAUCGCUUGAAAGCAAUUUAUUGCUUCAUUCAUGACUAUCAGAAAACAAUGAAUUUAUAUAGUUUUAUGAAGAACUUUUACAAGAAGGAAUGGGCUUUUGAAGAUAAUCAACUCUACUUCACUUUGAAGGAUUAUUACUAUCAUUAUUUAAAACAAAGAAAUGGUAUAUCCGCGGAGAAGGUUUUACAUAAAGUUUUACCUGAAAGUAUCACCAAAAGUAUCAUCAUGGAUAUGGCAUUUGACAGCUUUCGACAUUCGCACAUUUUCAGAUAUUUAGAUUUACACAUUGUCAGAUUUCUAAGUACAUUAGUGCGAUUUGAAUUUGCUGUGCCAGGACAAGUCAUAGUCCGAAAAGGUGAUUAUUUUAACCGGAUGGUUUAUAUAAGUCAUGGCGUGCUUCAGAUUUUAUCACACGAAGAUGGCGAGACACCUGUAUUGAAUUUAAGCGGUGGAACUAGUCUAGGUGAGACCACACUUUUCCUAUCCUAUCCUUUAAACUGCACAAUCAUAUGUCAAACAUAUUGUGAACUUGUUGUAAUUGACAAGAAUGUAAUCAAACGCAUGAUUGACUACUACCCAAAUGAAUAUCGAGAGUUGGUUAAGUCAAUUAUGGAACGCUUCGAGGAUGCAAAGCGAUUGAGAGCUGUGGUACGAGAAAGAAUGGAUCCACAUCUAAUCAAAAGUGAUUUACUGAUUAUGUCGUGGAUUAAACAAUUCCAACGAUGUUUUCUGCAUGAUCUAGAAGGACUUGGGACUUCAUUGGAUAAUAAGAUACGAGGUUUACAAUAUUACAUGGAUAAUCUUAUCUUUUAUGUUGCUUAUUUGGAUAAGUUGGUUGUUUCCGAAGAAAUUGAACUUGUGAAAGAUUCUGUUUUUCUGAAGGCAACUUUUCACUUCAUUCUACAACCACAAUCACCGAUUUUGAUUGUGUGGAACAUUGCAGUCUUGUUGAUGACAAUCUUCUUUAUAAUUAUCUAUCCGUAUAAUUUAUGUUAUCCUAUAUCCAAUCGAAGUAUUCAGACAGUUUUUACCAUUUUCGUCACGUGUAUUUUUUGGCUGGACAUUUACCUACAGAUUUUUACUGCUGUGAAGACACGUGGCGCCACCUACUUGAACUUUAAAAGUAUUUUGGUUUAUCGACUUCGCCAAAAAGAGUUUUUGAUUGAUUGCUUUGCUGCGUUACCUUUGGAAUACUUUAUUAUAUUUCUAACUGGACAAAUGCCAGACGUGGUGUUCAUGUUCCUGCAAGCCAAUCGUCUGGUGAAAUACUAUAAGCUGUCAUGCUUCUUUGACGAUAUGAAUAUUUGGAGUACCAAUAUGUUGACAGCAUUUAACUACAUCAAAUUCAUAAUGCACUUUUUAUUCUUCUACUACUAUGCGACAAUGUUGAUUUAUAUUUUCAACUGUUACGAAAACGUCUGCACACCAGAAUUUGAAGCGAUGUUAACCAGAUUAGAAGCGAAAUCUGGUUACAGAAAAAUAAUGGCUGUUAGUCCAUUGGCGAAUGCAUUAAUUACUGGUGUUAUCAUUGGUCAAAUGCCACAAACAGAAAAUCCUUACAUUUAUUUGGGUUAUACUGUGAUUGCCGUCUUGGGAUAUUUAAUGAAAGCUCUGUUUCUUGUAAAUGUAAUAUCGUCAAGUGCCUUGCAGAAUUAUAUACUUCUCAAACAGCAGGAACAAUUGCUGGGCAUAGCCGAAGCUUUAGAAUGGUUUGAAGUAUCUAAAUCGUAUCGUAUUGGACUCCAUGGAUAUCUCAACACGCUCUUCUACUUCAAUUCAGACACUUACAAACAUUACAACGAUAUGGUUUUACCUCUUGAACUUGGAGCAUCCUUUCGGAAUCUCCAUUUGACGCGUAUACUAGGAAAAAAUCAAUUUUUCAAAAUGAUAUCGACGAAUCUCGUAAGUUUUCUAAGUUCAUCGUUGAAACUUGUUAUAAUUCCGGCAAAUAUGGUUGUUUUCUACUGCGGACAAGCAAUUGACGAGUGUUAUAUCAUUCAGCAAGGAUUUUGUACAAUGUGGUACGGUAAUUUGCGUCAUGAUGUGACUGUAAAUGAAAAUUUGGGUCUGGUUGAAGUGCUUUUGGAUGUUCCCAUUUUUCACACAAUUGUCACACGCACUGAUUGUAUUUUACUACAAAUAUCCAAGCAUGAGUUACAGCGGUUUUUCAGUAACUUUGUAAAGGAAUCUGAAAGAGUUUACAGUGCUCUUAGUGAAUUUGCUAGAUGUGAACAACUUCUAAGUCGCAAAGCGCAAGUAAUUACAAGCGACAUUGAAGAACAAGAACUGAAUAAUCUAUUUCAAAAUGCUGAUGCUGAAGAUGAAGAUAAAGUUAAAACUACUACAAUGAUCAAACGAUUUUUGCAACGAAGGCGAAAGAUUUCGUUCCGUAUAAAAAUAAUAAGCACUACCGGUCGGUUUUUGCUCAUUUGGGAAAUAAUCAAAAAUUCUGCAUUGGUGUUAAGUUUGGGAUACACUGGAUUUUUGGCUUCUACAUCAACAGCAACUGUAAAUUUUUACGUUUUGCUCUUUUGGAUUUUGACAUAUUAUGACAGGAAUGGUUUUGAAAUUAAAAGACUUGCCAAGACCUCUCUACACUACCUAACACACGCUUUCCUGAUUGAUUUUAUUGGUUCCUUCCCGGUUGAUCUAUGUAUUCCGCAAGGCGAAUUAAUUUUCACACGUCUGAAUCGUUACCUAUUGACUUACCGGAUUUUUGGACUUGCUUACUACUUGACAAAGCGUGUGAAGAAGGUUCGACAGUAUGUAUACAUUUCCCAUUUGAUCAUAUUCCUCUUAUUAACUCAAAACCUGGCAAAUUAUUACGUGAGCUUAUUGUGCACACGUCUUAACGACGAUUUAACAUGUGCCAAAGAUUCUUGGGUAAGUCUAUCAAUUGAAAACAUCCAGCAACAACAGAUACUUUUCGAAUCGCUCUUGUAUCUGCUCAGCAUUUUCGUCGGCGUCGGUUUUCGACGAUAUAGAAAUGUUAGCUUAAUACAACGAUUUUUGCUAUCUCUUUGGGGAAUUUUUGGUCAUCUGAUGGGGAUUAUUAUAGUAGGACGUGCAGUUUCGUAUUACUUAUUCAGAAAUGCAGAUCUCACAACUUACCAAGAUGCCAUGCGUGACUUAGUACGUUUUCUAAGCUAUUGUGACAUUGACAAGAAUAUCAAAUACGAAGUAAUUCAACAUUUUGAAUACAUCUGGGAGAAACGUCAAGGAAAAGACAUAGCUGACGUGAUUUACAACUUUCCCACUUCUAUCAAAAAAGAUGUACUCUUUAACAUUUAUGGAAAAUACUUCAGAAAAAACGAAAGUGUUUUCAAUUACGCUGAAGACAAUUUCCUUAAAAGUUUACUAAUGAUUGUCAAACAAGAGACAUUCAGGAAAACUGGUAUAAUCUACAAAGUUGAUGACAUUCACGGACAUAUUUUCUUUUUAUUGAAAGGAAGUGUUGAAGUUGUCGGACCUGACUCCAACCGUUUAUUAACAUUGGCAUCUGGUAGUUUAUUCGGAUGUUUAGAUGAUUGUAAUGAGACAAGGCAAACUUUAACAAUGGUUGCCAAAGGACACGUUGAAACACUGUCAUUUUCAAGUGCCGAAUUUUAUAAACUCUUGAAUCAACAUCCGAGUUUUCACGCUAGAUUCUUUGCGAAAGCCAAUAUGCACUUUGACUUUAUUCCAAGUCAAGCUGUAUCGGAACAAGAUGCGGGACCAACUGAAACUCGACGUAGUUAUGCUCUGAUGAACAUGAAUCUGAUAAUGGACAAAAUGUCCAAACUACGCACACGCGUUAUGAAACCGAAUAAGCAUAUACAACGUUUUGAGCUUACGCUGUUCAUUAUUGAGUUUUUCUUUGGAUCCGCUUACGAAUUGAUCCUAAUGACCAUCAAACCAACAUUAGGUUUCUUGAUGAUAGCUUAUAUACGUGAUGGUUUGUGGAUGAUAAGAAUGUAUAUAAAGUUUCACGUUGCUUAUGAAGAUGAGUAUGGUAUGUUGCAGUUUAGCAGAAGGAAAAUUGCUCUGCGUUACAUUUUUGAUCCAUUUGGGUUUUAUUUCGACUUGUUUUGCAUUCUGCCGUUUGAUAGCUUUGCCCUGCUUAUAUACGAUGAUAUUUUGCGAGAGAAUUUAACGUUUUUGUUUCGUGUGAAUCGAUUUUUCAGAUGUAUUUAUCUAUUUUUGUACAUGUCACGAACAACGAAGAAACUCAACAUUAACGUCCUACUGAUGAGAACUGGUUAUAUCAUAAUGCACGCAUAUAUUUAUGUGAUCAUCAAAUUUAUCGUGUACUUCUGGAGUGAGACAUUUUUGAUUAAAGACAAGACCAAGACCAAUGAUCAAUUGAUUCUACACUCUAUGAAUUACUUGGAUACCAUUUUGUUUAUGUUUACAACAUCGCCGAUUCCGUAUACGGAGUUUUUCAAUGGUUGGGCUCCGGUCACACUUUGUCUGAUCAUAUGUUUAGACACUUGCUUCCUGGUAUUUUUCUUCAGUAAUUUUGCUGGCACCUUGCAAGUGGUGACGAAAGUUAAAUCGAAAUAUUUAAGCAUUUGUUAUAAUCUGAAACUAUUGAUGUUGAUUUGUGAUGCGUCGACGCCAUUAAUUGACAAAGUGACCAUGUACACUAAUAUCCUUUUAAGGAUCCGCAAUGGAAUACAAUUUCCUUUUCUGUUGGAGCAGGCACCUUAUUACUUACGAGAAGCAGUGCUGAAUUCAAUGUUUGGAUUUCAUUUACGAAAUCAUUAUUUAUUCAAAGAUUGCCAUAUGGAUUUCUUGAGACAGUUAUCUGCAACAAUGAGGACUUUAACCUAUUUUGAAGGCAAUCAAAUAUGUGAUGCAGGAGACAUUGAUGAAACUAUGUACUUUAUACAAGAAGGCGUUGUUCAGGCGUUGACUAAAGAUACGUUAUACACUGAAGUCUGUGAGCAUUUGCUUGUGGCAGGCGAAAGUUUUGGAUUGAAUCAAAUAUUGUACCCUAGAUGUGGACAAUAUUAUGCAUACAGAGCAUCCGUACUUACCACAUUGGUAACUAUCAAUCGAACUGACUUCGUUCGUUUACUUGCAUUUUUCCCAAGUGUCUUGAAACACAUCUACAAUCGAUCAAUUGAAUUUGCAAGUUAAACAUCUUUUAAAUCAAUUAUUUAUUUUGUAAUUAUAUACCAGUAUAUGUUUAUUAAAAGUUUUACGCUGUG